AAUUAAAUAAUAUUAAUUAUUAUGACAUGAAUUUAAGAUGUAGAAGAAAAUUUUGGGUCGUGAAUGGCUCCUUCGGUAUUUUUGGGCAAUACGACCUAUCAUCACAUAUGGAACGUAUAUGCCCUCUUUCUGUUAAUAAUAAUCACGCUGUUGAAUCUCAAAGACGUUAUAAUCUUCGAAGCUCGAAUAGUUCAAGCCAACAAACGAUACAACCAAAAAAUUCGAGUCGAAUAUUGGAUUAUUUUGUACUUCGAAAAAGAUCGAUUAGCUCGAUGGAUAAGCAUAAAAACAUCCAAUCACUGAGAAAAAAGUUUAAACACGAUUUAAAUUUUAAUCUAUCAGAAUCUCUUCAAGUGGUACCAUCGCUUUCUCAUACGACAAAUUAUUCGGAGAGCCAAAUUGUGCCGUCAAAUCCAGUUAACCCUCUUGGCAUUUUCGCUGUUCUUCCAUAUGAAUUACUGCCAACAUUUUUCGAUCUUAUUCCGAUUUUUUGUGUGGUGAAUUUGAGUUUACUAUCCAAGGAAUUAAAUAAAUUAGUUUGUUCUUAUGUUUUUUCCAAAAAUGCAAAGGGCAGAUUUGCUAAUGAAUCAAGAAAACAGGUAACACAUGAAGAUGAAAGAACUAAUGAAGAUCCUUUUCACACUUGGGGUUUGCUUCUAAAGGCAGUCACAUCAAUUUUUCAGUUGUCAGCACGAAAAAUAUUUCUCGGCCAAUUUUUUGAUGAGAAUAAAACUAAUAUUGUUUAUCUGUUUUGUUCGCAAUGGAGCUAUUUCGAGUGUAAUGAAUUGUUGCGAUGUAUCCUGAAAUUUAAUGGCAAUUUUUUGGCUAAAUCGAUGGGUCGUGUUCUCAAUAGUAAAUUUGGGGAAUUUUCUGAUCUCGAACUAUUGGUUCGUCGUUAUCUUCGUGGUUAUUUCCUUGAUCAUGACCAUGAUGAUUUUAGUUUCUGGCUUUCAGCCAUACUUCGUACUCAACAAUCUGUUGCUAAGCAAGGCAGAUUGUUUAUGAUUCUAUACUGCCCAACAAUACAUCAGAAUGGAAAAGAAAAAAUUGACUGGUUCCUCUUUGCAAAUACAACAUUUCGAACUUUUUCUGAGAGUUUACUGAAAAUUGGCUCACUUUCAUUUUGCUUAUCUCGCCUGCAGCUGACAAGAUUCAUUGGAUUUGAUCAGUUUGUUUGGUCACACUAUGAUCUAUUCAAUCUGAUAGAGGAAAUAACGACCAUAGCUGAAUUAUGGUCGCUAGAUAAUUUUGCUUCUUUACUCGUUCAUCGACCUGGUUUGAUUCCGAUAGCGUUCACUAUUCGAAUAAUCUAUGGUCGUGUGCAAGAAGUUGGCGAAUUAUUUGCUACGAUGAAAACAGUGGGUAUAUUAUGCAAUGUCAGAAUUUUUUUUGAAAAUGAAUGCAUGGCUCUUGAAUUGAAUGAUAAUUUGCAGUUACUUUAUCGAUGGGAUAUUGAUGCAGCCAAUUUGCUGUUGAGCCCACUAUUACUUACUAUUCGACCAUUAUCAGCGGAGCAUAAACGAUCUUUUCUUUCAUCUUUUUAUUUGUCGGAAGCUGAACAAUUAAAAAGUCAUCUUACGAGCAUUCCGUGUAAAUUUUUAUUAUUUUUUUGCGAACAAAAAUAUUAA